GUUUCCUGUGAGAUGAAAUUAACGAUAUUGAGGCUAUUUUAGAACAUAAAUGACUGUUUUCCGUCACCACAUUAACAUCACACACUUUAUGUACCAUUAGUUUGGUAACGUGGUGCGUUUUGCUCCGCCCCGGCAGCAGCUGCUCUUCUUCGCUUUCAGGCCGCUCUGAGCUAAACGCAAAAGAUGGCGGAAGACGAGAAGAGUGGCGAGCCUGCGAAAGACAAAAACGAGCUGCAAAUAAUGAAGGACCUCGUGGAUGAACUGUACAAUUUUAGAGACUGCUAUUUUGAGACUCACAGUGUGGAGGAAGCUGGAAGGAAACAAAGCGAUGUCGCACAGGAGAUAGAAAAGACUUUGAGGAAGCUGGAGGAGAAAGAAGAUCAUUUUAAACACAAAGUGGAAUUUCUGCUGCAGAAGGGCAGGUGUCUUAACGUAGCUCCCGACUUCAGCGCCGCAGCAGAAGAGUGCCUUUCCCGCGCUGUCAAGCUGGAGCCUGGCCUGGUCGACGGCUGGAACACAUUAGGGGAGCAGUACUGGAAAAAAGGAGACCUGAUUGGUGCCAAGAACUGCUUCACUGGAGCCUUGCAACAGAGCAAGAACAAAGUGUCUCUACGUAACUUGUCUAUGGUGCUGAGACAGCUGCCAGCAGUGGACAACGACGCACACAGCAAGCAGGUGAUGGAGAGUGUGGACAUGGCCCGACAAGCUGUCCAGCUGGAUGUCACAGACGGGACGUCCUGGUAUAUCCUGGGAAAUGCUUAUGUGUCCCUGUUUUUCACAUGUGGACAGAAUCCACAGUUGUCUCAACAAGCUCUUAGUGCCUAUGCACAAUCUGAGAAAGUGGACAGAGCUGCCUCCUGUUACCCGGAGCUGCAUUUCAACCGAUCCACUCUGUUCCAGUAUGAGGAAAUGUUCGGGUCUGCGCUUGCCGGCUACAGCCGAGCCGCGGCGCUGGACCCGGGCUGGGAGGAGCCUCCAGAGAGGGAGAAGCAGCUGCUGGAGUAUCUGAGGAAAGUCACAGAACUCCUACAGAACAAGGGGAAAGUAAAGGCGCGUCGGUUACGGACGAUGCUCUCUAACCUCAGCACGUCGGCCAUGGGUCCCUGCUCGUCCCCUCAGUUCCGUUCCCCGACAGGCCGUGUCGGCAGCCUGGAGCCUCGAACUCUUUCCUCCUUCACGCAUGGUCACAACGCCGGGGUGGCCGCCCUGGGCAAGGUGGUGUUCAGCCUGGCCUCUGAGGGUCGCAUGGCCUUUACGUUUGGCAUGGUGGACAGCGAGGAGACGUGUAUAGUGGUGAUGGUUUACAACACAGCGGACAGCUGGGGCGUCCUGAUAGGAGACACUGUAGUCAUUCCUGAACCGCAGGUCAAGCGGAACAGUAUAACACAUAAAGAUGAGUCGUUUGACUUCAGAAGUAUACGAGUGGACUCUCCUCUGCUCCUCAUUGUCAACGGCAAGAAACAAAAUGUCCAAAGUCAGAUUGCUGCCUCUGUUAGCUACAAGCCCCAGAGCGAAUGAGCUCAACAAGAAGAAAGAGGACCAAAUUUUUUCUGGAUUUUGAAGAAGAGUUUGGAUAAUUAAGGAAGUUUCCAAAGUUUGUGCCUGUUUUAUGUGUUUUGUGUAUUUUUUUUAUUAUUUUUUUUGUAUAUAGAGGUCGCCCUGUUACUUUGUCUUUAGAGAGCCCGUUUGUUUAUAUUUAUAAAUGUUUCUUUUUUUGUAUUAUGUUGUUGUGGGGACAACAUGGAGUUCUUUUAGUGAAUGAAUGGACCUGUGAUAAUGACAAUAUGAUGUCAGAAUUGUGACUUUUGUUUACCCUGGAAAAGAAAUUCCUUUGUCUUAAACAUAUUGUUUGUGUGGUGUCUUAAAACAGCAGUUUUCAAAGUGGCGGGACGUACUAGUAGUAUUACAUUAAUUUAACAGUAGGCCUUUUUUCACAGCAGCAUUUGAACUUGAUAGACACACGAGACAGUGAUUUGAUCCUUUACACCUCUUUUCCUACGGUGACAUGGCAAAAUGUCACAGUAGGGCUACAUUGUCUGGUGUCACUCACAAAGUAGAAAACCAACUGCCUUGGUUGUUUGUUAUGCAGUAAAAAAACUUCCCAUUACACUCAGUAUCGAAGUGUGGACCUCAGUAGGCCUCCUUAAACUUCCAGUCAACAACCAGCCAGUUGCUCAGGUUUAACCCAGAUUGCUGCAAAUUCAACAAACCCAAGUUUUCUGCUUUGUGCAACACCACAAAUCAAAUUGUUCACACUGUGUAUAGCGGACCACCUACUGUUAUUCAUUUAGCAAUAUAUGUGUACUGUAUCAGUAAAGUAAAAUGUAUGAUUUAAUUUAAUUUUUUUUACUAUAAAAGUCAAUGUUAAGUG